AUGAGCUCUGAGCCAAUGGAAAGCGAACCUGCGGAAACAUCUUUGCAGUCUUCCCCCCAGCCCCAAACCUCACUUUUCUAUCCUUGGAAAUAUAUCACAGACGAAUUCAUUCAAGUUCCAGGAACGCUGAAAAAUACUCUUAUAUCCAAAAUAUCCACCAAAGAUAUUCAGAUUGAAGAUGUCUUUUAUGAAAUCCUGCUCUCAGUUUCGGAAUAUCCCGAAAGAGUUUCCCGUUCAAUGCUCUUACAGCUACUCUCUGAAAUUAUAGCCAAUAUUAAUCAAGUGGAGGCAAGAGCAAAAGAAUCCGAAAAUUUCAUCCUUUUGGCCCAAGCAUUCAAGAUGAAUAAAAACAUUAGCAUCUUUAUCAAAGAUUGCUCAGUAGAUACCCGGUUCAAAAUAUUGCAUCUCGAUAAACUUAUACUCAAAUCAGAAGCAAUCUUCCCUGAUUAUGGAAAAUAUCAGUACAAUGAUGCAAAAAACCGCAUCUUUUCUGUAGAUAGUUAUUCUUCAUUACAUGAAGCAAGUGAAGGUUAUGCAAAGUUUAUGUCACAAGUUUUCUCUUAUUUAGAUCUACAGCCAACAGAUCAUGCUCACAUUAGUGUAUUGACUGAUGUACUUAAUAGAAUCAUGGCAGAAUUUAACCUUGACAAUAGCAGAUGCUUCCUUCUUUUGCUCAAUAUCUUAUCAGGCCACUUAGAAAAAAAUGAGCUACUAGUUCUGUCCAUAUUAAAGCAAUCGCCAUGGUGGAAUUUAAGCGAAUACAAUACAUCCGUGCAAACUACAAUAGUGGACUAUUUGUUAAAUUACGUUGGUAUCAAAUGUAAGGAAUUGAAACUAAUCACUUUGCUAAUCAAACAUAAAAUCUUAGAAUUCGAUUCAAUAUACAACUCUUUAGGACCGUAUGAUUUCUCACUAAUUGAUUCAAGCUCAAUCAAUUUGAUUGAAAACAAUGAGUUCUCUGAACUAUACGAUGCAACUGAAAAAGAAAUUUUGAGAAAAUCACAACUAUCCAGUGCAUCUGCUCUUGCAUUGGCAGCACCAUUAGUACCCGACUCUGACGAUGAGGAUGAUGAUGAUAGAAGAAUGCAAAAUACAAACUCAAAAAAUGAUGAAUCGAAAGAGUUGAAAUCAAAGCCGGAACCAGUUCCUGAAGUUUCCAUCUUAGAGAAAGCCAAGUUUUUCAGGAAAAUGGAUUUUUUACAACAUCUAAUUGAGUAUGAAAUGAUUGAUGAAGCACUCCUGGUUUUAACCCAGUAUCCACAGAUCCCAUUAAUUUCUGAUCCAGCGGCAGACAAAUUGAACAGUUUAGUAGAUAGAGUAGUAUCCGCAUUUUAUUUCAAAUUCGUUGAUAAUUUGAAUAUCUCAACAAAUGAUAUCAUAAGUACAAAAAUGGGCCCUAUACCUGUGACAACAAUUGAUGAAUUUUUAAGUUUCACAAUACAAUUCAUCUCAUUUAAUAGACAAAAAGUUUCUAGGAAUUCAAACUUAAUGUACAAGCUAGUUAGGGUUAUGAAAAAAGCUUUAGAAUCAGGCGUUAAAGACUCAAAUUUUUGGCUCCAAUUCUAUAGACUUUACAUAUUCCCAUGUCUUUCAUUUACAAAUAAUAUCCCACUUGUUAAUGAAGCAUUUGAUAUUUUACUCUCACACUAUCCAUUAGAAACGAGAUACAACUUAUACGGCGAGUACCAAUUGAGCGUGAAAAGAGAUCCUAUCACCAAGUUGAACUACGAAGCAGCAGAAAAGAAGACUAGGAAUUUGUUAAAACGAUUAUCUGUUGAAAACGUCCAAGUAGUUAGUCGUUCAUUGAAUAAAUUAUGCUCCGUUAACUGUUUAGCAGUUACAAAUGCCUUUAUUUCUCAUAUUGAAAGUUAUAAUAGUUUGAUCGAAUUAGUUUGCCAAGCUUCUGAGUUUUUCAACGAUUUUGCAUGGGAUGUUAUUACAUUCCAAAUAUUAAACAAGUUGAAUAGUAAUAGAAUGGCCAUUCAAAGCGAUGGGUUGAACUACUCACCUUGGUUUGCUAAUCUUUCUCAAUUCAUUGGAAAUCUUGGAAAAUCAUAUCCUGAAUCGUUUCAGCUAUUUCCAAUACUACUGAAUAUUGUUAAGAGUUUGACACAGGGGGACACCAAUAUUUUGUCUGUUGUGAAAGAGUUGCUAGAUUCGAUGACAGGUAUUAAAUCCAUUGCAAAUUUGACAACCAAGCAAAUCAUGAGAAUGAAUGCAGAAACUAGUCUCAAAAAAUUCGCAUAUAUGGGGAUUCAAGAUAAUCGUGAGAACUGUGUCAAAAGUUGUUUAAAACUUCUUGAGACUUUGGUGCACGACAAACUAUUUGCAGAGCUCUUUGUUUUGUUGUGCCGUCUUCCUACUAGCUUGAUUGACAAAGCAGAUGAUAAACCAUUGAAGUUCGUUAACCAAAAGUGUGAUGAAGUUUUUUCAUUAAUUCACGUUCUUACUGAAGCAUUAGAGUCACAUUUAGAUACUUCAUUAUUUGAGAGCAACAUGAUACCUGUUGUUUCACUUAUCAAAGAUUAUAAGAUUCAGCCUCAAUGGGCGUUUGAACUCUGGAGAACGCAAUGGUCGAAGGAAAUAAAGACAAAUGGGAAUAGUAGCAAGAGUGUUUUUCAAGAAUUUCAAAUUCCAUUUGAGAAGAGCAUGUCUAAGAUAGAUUGGAGCUCACUGAGUUCUGGCUUUUAUAUUACCUUUUGGCAAUUAUCAUUGUACGAUAUCAAUUUCAACGAUCUUUCGUAUAUGAUGGAGUAUUCCGAUCUCAAAUCUCAGAUUACUGGUAUUAACAUGAAGUUGAGACAGCAAAAGCGUGAACUUGCACCGAAGGAGGCACUUGCAUUAGAGAAAAAGAGCAAUGAAUUGACGUCUAUCCUUACUCAUAUUCGUGAAGACAUGAAUAUUCAUGAAUCUAACUUUAAGCUUGUGACGGAACGGCUGGAAAAUGAAAAGAGCCAGUGGUUUGAGGAUGAUGCAACUGCAAGUCCUAACGAUCUUAAAGAGAAUGCCGAUAAACGUGCAUUAACAUUUUUAGAGUAUUGUGCCUUACCAAGACUUCAGCAUUCUUCAUUUGAUGCUGUGUUUGUCUCCAAAUUCAUUUUUUUUCUGAACACCUUCGAAGUUCCGGGUUAUUCAUUGAAGGUAGUUUUGGAAAAAUUUUUCACGCUAGAUAUUCUACCGGUCACGUUAUUUAUCAACACCACGAUGGAAACAGAAAACCUUGCCCUUUUUUAUCAGCUAACAUUGGAGAAACUUCAUGACUGGUGGGCAAACCCAGAGAUAUAUGAAAAAGAGUCAAACAGAUUAGAUGAAAAUUUGGAUCACGAAGCUUACCGGAAGCUGCUAUACUUGUGGCAUGAAAAACUUUUUGACCAGAUUAUGAAAUCCUUAGGCUCUACAAGUUACACGACCAGAAACAAUGCUAUUUUAUUGUUAAAAGUCAUUCUGUUGAACUUCCCAGUCGUCGAGGAGUUAGCAGAUUUAUUAACGGGCAAACUUGAGGAGAUUGCGAACGAAGAUUCCCGUGACGACAUCAAGCUAGCUUCUAGAGCAUUGAUAGGGUUAAUCAAAUUCAAGCAGAGCAAGUUCAUUUCAGUAUGGGAGUUCUACGAGAUGGAAGAAGAGGCUAAAACGAAGGCAAUGAAGGCCAAGGAGGAAAAAGACAAAGCCGAGAAACAACGACUUCAGGAACUGGAGAAGAAAAGAUUGGAGGACGAGAAGAAAGAGAGAGAAAAAGUUGCCUCCGAGCAGGCAAAUAAAGCUGGUUCUGUAAAGCCAUAUGGGUUGGUUGGAUUGAUGUCGAGGAGUGGCAAGAAGGAGGAGUCAGUGGAGAAGAAAGAAAAGGAGAAGAAAGAAAAGGAGAAGAAAGAGGCCGAGACGCCUGCUAAAGCCGAGACGCCUGCCAAAGACGAGACGCCUGCUAAAGUUGAGGUUCCUGCCAAGGCAGACAGUUCUACAGCUGGAGGUAAGUCAGCGGGAGACAAAUCCACGUCCAGCGAUACAAUGGACGUUGAUAGCAAGAUCGAGAGCAAGGUUACGAGCAAACCUGUUGAAAACAAAGCUGCUGAAAGCAAAACUGGCGAGAGCAAGUCACAUGCUAAAGCCGAAGGUAAGGCUAAGAAGCCCGAAGCCAAGAAGGACGCUGUGACCAAUUCGAAGAAGGAGUCCUCGGCGAAGGAUGGGAAGCAACCUGGGAAGAUGGCGACCCCUGCGGCGCCUGCAUCAAAAGAUGUAAAGCGGGUAGGACUCAACAAUCUGCCGAAGUCUCCUUCCUCUGUGCGGAGCCCUUCCGGCCCGGCUGCGUCAGCGGCCACCACCCAGGCCCGCCAAGCAGAUACAAACAAGAACAGAGACGGCAGAGACAGCAGAGACAGCAGAGACAGCAACUCCGGCGGCAGAUGGGGCCGGUACCGCAACGAGCCCCAGCGCUACCAUGACACCACCGGCAGCGCUGGCUACGCCACGGGUCCGAACUCCUCGGCGUACGGAAGCAAGAGCCAAUACUACGCCGGCCAGGACCGCGCCGAGCGGCCAGACCGCCGUGACAGAGGCCAGUAUCUCUUCAACAAGACCGUCAACGGCAACGGCAACGGCGCCGCCAGCGGCAGCCGUGACGCCGGCUACUAUGGCAAUCCUCCAUCGGGCGCCGCCACUGGUCCGAACAGCAGCGGCAGCACCAAGCGCAGCGGGUCCUUCUCCCAGUACAACGGUGGACCUCCAGCACGUCCGUCCCGAGGCGGCAACGGCGGCAGCCGUGACAGCAAGCAGGGCCAGCUGCCGCAGCCUCUGCCACCGCCGGCGACCCCUCCUCCGCCGCCGGCCUCCUCCUCGUCCUCCGCCUCGUCCUCUGGAAACGCUGCCCACAAGCGUCGCCAUGGUGGCAAUGACUACUACGGUGGCGGCGGCGGCAGCAGCAGCAACAAUUACUCGUACAAACGUCCUAGACGCCAGUAG